AUGUCGCCGAGUUUCCGACUCGCUUGCGCUGCCCUGAGCUUGUACCACGCAGCGGCUGUGCGCCCCGAGAGGGUCCUCCCUGACGUGUUGCUCGAGGCUGCUACAACGGAUGCACACACUCUGCACACAGGCGAGGUGGGUGAAGAGGAGAAUGAGGACGAACUCCAGACCUCAACAGAAGAACCGGAGGAGGAUGCGGAUAAGGUAAUCGUGGGAAGUCGGGAGAAUGCCGCGGAGAAAGCAGCCAAAGAGAAGGACAUGAAGGAACAUCUUGCUCAGGUCCAAGCAUGGGUGGAGGAGGAAUCGCUCAUGCCGUUUUGGGUCAUGCCGAUAAGCUUCAGCAUAAAGAUUGGGCUGACCAUGGUGCUUUUUCCUCCGAUCCGAAUGUCCCCGGUCGAGCGGACUUGGGGGGCUGGCUUCAAGCGCUUGGCUGCUCAGCUGUUCAGUGUUGGCUUUGUCUGCCUGGCACUUAACACAUGGUAUUGUGACAUCACCAAAAUUUUGGCAGCGCGCAGGGCAUUCCCUGGGGACACCAAGAAGCUCAUCCAGGUGAUCGGGUUGACCUGGAUUUGCUCUGCCAACUUGCUGGCCUCCAUUCCCGUCUCCCUGUCCGUGACUCACUUCAGCCCACGUCAACUCUACAAACUCGAGGGCAAACAGGCACGAUACUAUCCGGAAAUGUACUCGUACCCAAUGGUGAUUGGGGAUGCUAAGUGGCUCCCUUGGGACAAGCACAUCUUCUUCUUGGUGCUCCUGCCGUAUUAUCUGCCGUUCCGGUUGAUUCGCUGCGAACCUCUGACAUGGUCUAACAAGGAAUGGCCGUCUUGGACACUGUCUGGGAUGACUUUCUCGGCAUUCAUCAUACUCAUCCAUCUUGCAGUCUUCCUGAAGGUCUUGGGUUGGCUGCUCUGGGGUGUCCUCACCUUGUGCACGGCCUUUUUUUGGGCCCACGCAAGGACGAAAGCGGAAAAAUUUUGGAACAGCGGCUUGGGCAUCACACCCCUCUUCAUACUCUUGUUCGUCCUCCUCACGAACAAGCUCAUCGUUUUUUUGGCCCCAUUCCCCAAAGAGACACGGCUUCUCUUCCAGGAAAUCGUUGGCUGGAAUGCUGCGUCUGAUAGAGACGAGGAGGCGGAGGCCUUUAGGUGUUACAUUGCGCACAUGGUGGGGUUUGCAGAUGUGCAAGGUGAAGAUGGCUUCCUGUGGUCGGUCAUGCGGAAGGCGGCCGAAAAGUUGCGUGGGUUUCAGAGCUUAGAUGACGACUUCCACGAAGAUCAGAGGCAAGAAAAAGAACCGCCCGAAGGAUCCGAAGGGUGGGAAACAUCCAGAUACCUCUUGCGGGCGGUGGUGGCAUCCCAGCAGCUGGACAUGAUGUGCAGCACCUUGAUUACCACUCAGCUCAUGAUCAUCAUCCUUGUCCGAUGGUCCUUCAACGAAAGCGACGAUUUUGUUGGUGCCUUUGCGACGACGAUGACCUCCAGGACGGUCCCUGCCUACUUCGGCCAUCUACUCGACCAGGCCACGGCCGCAUCGAAGACGGACUUGUCCAAGUUGAUGAGUCAGUUGUGGGAGCUCCUCUGA